CGUUCACGAGACACACCGACUCUCUGACUGGCGACCAGCCGGGAUUGAAAAGGUUGUCCGUAGUAGGCUCGAAUAACUUCAUUGAAAGGCAAUAGAACAUGGCAUCGAAUAGUUGCAGUGGAGUUCCCAAAUGGGAGAGAAAAACACGUUUGUUUCUUUGUAUCUUCGGUUUGUUUUUGUCAUUCUAUGCUCUGCACGUUGAGAUUUCGCGAGAGAGGGACCCUGAGUAUCGGGCGAUGUGCGACCUGGGAGAUUCUGUGAGCUGCUCUAAAGUUUUCACCUCGAGAUGGGGACGUGGUUUUGGGCUUGUACAGUUCUUCUUUGCUAAAGACAGUGUACUGAAUCAACCCAACAGUUUGUUGGGGAUCAUUUUCUACACAUUGCAACUGGCUCUGGGUCAGUCUGUGUCCAGUAGGGCAGCGUUCCUCCUGGUCUUGGCCUCCUGGGUGUCCAUGGCUGGAUCGCUGUACCUAGCCGGAGUACUUGCCUUCAUUCUGGGAGAUUUCUGCGUGGUCUGCGUCUCAACCUAUGUGGUUAACUUUUUGCUGCUCUUCACCAAUCUGAAGAGGAGGACGGGACUGGAAGCAGUCAAGACAAAGACUGGCUGAGAGACUAUCUUUGUGUGCAUCUCAAUAGUCUAAGUAUUUUUUUCCCCCUUGCCUUCCACCCUACUGCACUGAUAAUAUACAGCGCAUUCGGAAAGUUUUCAGACCCCUUGACUUUUUCCACAUUUUGUUACGUUAGACUUAUUCUAAAAAUACGAUUUAAGAAAUUUUUGCACUUAAGAAAAACGGAAAUAUGACAUUUACUUAAGUAUUCAGACCUUUUACUCAGUACUUUGUUGAAGCACCGUUGACAGCGAUUACAGCCUUGAGUGUUCUUGGGUAUCACGCUACAAGCUUGGCAACCCUGCAUUUGGGGAGUUUCUCCCAUUCAUCUCUGCAGAUCCUCUCAAGCUCUGUCAGGUUGGGCGGGGAGCGUCAUUGCACAUCUAUUUUCAGCUCUCUGCAGAGAUGUUCGAUCGGGUUCAAGUCCGGGCUCUGGCUGGGCCACUCGGGACAUUCAGAGACGUGUCCCGAAGCCACUCCUGCAUUGUAUUGGUCGUGUGCUUAGGGUCGUUGUCCUGUUGGAAGG